AUGGGAGAUAAAGAAGAUAAGGACAGCGCCGUUGGCUUCAAAGUUGGCAACCGAUACGUUGUCAGCAAAUACAUCGCCGGCGGAUCUUUUGGUAAGCUAUAUAAGGGACAGAACAUUAAGACAAAGGAAUGGGUGGCCAUUAAACUGGAGCCGAAGGACGUACCGGAGCCUCAGUUGACACUAGAGUUCAUGUUCUACAAGAAGUUGAAGGCAACCGAAAGCCAGGGCACGUCCACAUCGGGAUCGGGUCCAUCCACUACGUCGGCGCCCUCUUCGGCCGCCCCUUCGGGCGCCGCUUCGGCAGCAAAAACGACGAGCGGUUCGGGUCCUCUACGGGGUGUCCCCCGCGUCCACUACUUCGGUCCGUGCGGUAAAUACAACGCUUUGGUAAUGGAUUUGUUGGGCCCGUCGUUGACCGGACUCCAGAAGACCUGCGGCGGGAAGUUCUCGCUGAAGACCACGCUAUACAUAGCCAUACAAUUGAUGGACAUAUUUGAGUACUUCCACGGCCGCGGACUCAUCUAUAGGGACACAAAGCCUGACAACUUCCUGUUCGGGCCGUCGGGUGCGGCGCUGUAUAACCAGUUGUAUAUCAUAGACAUGGGUUUGUCCAAAGACUAUGUGGACGAGAGCGGGCGACACAUCAAAAUGGUGACCGGGAAGGGUGUGACGGGUACUGUGCGCUAUAUGUCGCGAAACAACCAUGCUGGUAUCGAGCAAAGUCGUCGCGAUGACAUGGAAGCGGUGGGUUAUAUGCUCGUGUAUUUGGCCCGGGGUGAACUGCCCUGGCAGGGGGUGAAGGCCGACACGUUGAGAGCAAAGUAUAAGAAGAUCGGUGAGAUUAAGCGGUCGACAACACCGGAACAACUGUGCGGUGAUCUGCCGCCAGAGUUCGCCCGCUUUAUCCGUACGGUUACUGCCCUGGGCUUCGAGGAUACGCCCAAAUAUCGCGAUUACAGCCAAAUGUUUAACAAAGUUUUGUCCAAAAAGGGUCUCAAAGACGACAAAAUCUACGACUUUGACAGAAACCAUCAAAUGAGACCUAAUAAGUGA